CUUACAGCUUAUCGAUCAUGGCCAUGAAUUCACUCAAACCUAUUUCCUCAUUUCUUUUCCUGCUUGCCUUGGUCACUGCCAAGACUGCCUUAGCAAGUGAUCCUGGUAUACUUUCGGAUUUCAUUGCACCAACUAACACAAGUGUUGAUGGAAAGUUCUUCACUUUCACAGGAAUGCGUGGGGUUAUUACAAAAUUUCCUCAAAACUUCACUUUAACAAAAGCUACCAUGAACGAGUUCCCAGCUCUCAACGGGCAGAGUGUGUCAUAUGCUGUGCUUCAAUACCCUGCCGACGGUCUGAACCCACCUCACACCCACCCUCGCGCUGCUGAACUCUUGUUCCUUGUGUAUGGUAGCCUUGAAGUUGGAUUUGUUGACACCAAAAAUGUGCUUUACACCCAGAGCCUCCAAGUUGGAGAUAUGUUUAUUUUUCCAAAGGGUCUUGUGCACUAUCAAUACAACCCAACCCAAAAAUCAGCAAUUGCGAUUUCUUCUUUUGGUAGCGCAAAUGCUGGAACAGUUUCUGUGCCUUUGUCUGUCUUUGCAACAGGAAUCGAUGAUGGUAUUCUUGCCAAGGCAUUCAAGACUGAUGUAUAUACCAUUCAGAAGAUCAAGUCUGGCUUUGGCAAGCCCUAUACUGAAGGCUAGCUAGCUACUUCCUGCCUCGAAAAAAAUGCUAGUACCUCCAAUUGCUGCUGGCUAUCUCAAAUAACACGGCAUCAUGAUGUAUUUUCAUCUUUUCUAGUGAUUUUCUUUUUGUACUCCAAGUUAUCAAUGAUUGUUCUCGUGGCUCAGAGUCAUGUAAUCUUUGUUUGUUCAUCAUUGUCAUAAAUUUCCAUGACUUGAACCCUUCGGUCAAGACUACUAAUAUUUCAAGCAGCA